AUGGCAAAUUUAAUUAAAAAUGAAAACAUGGAUAUGGUAGAAACAUUCCAUAUGGAGUCUGAGGAAAUGGAUGAUCAAAGGAUUGAGGAGCCUGAAGUACUGGAGGUUGCAAGAAAUACAAUCUUGCAUGGAGCGCAACAAAGAUUCUAUAUGGAGUCUGAAGAAAAAGACGAGCAACCUGAGGAUUACACAGAUGUAGAGCUCGAGAGAGCAUGUAAGAAUUAUGAGGAAAAACAACAACAACAAAUCAGUAAUAUGGAGUCUGAACAAAUAGUCGAUCAACCUGAAGAGUAUCCAAAUACACAGCUCGAUAGAUCAUAUACGAAUCAGCAGGAAGAACAGCAACAACAAAUCAGUCAUAUGGAGUCUGAAGAAAUAGUCGAUCAACCUGAAGAGUAUCCAAAUACACAUCUCGAUAGAUCAUAUACGAAUCAGCAGGAAGAACAGCAACAACAAAUCAGGCAUAUGGAGUCUGAAGAAAUAGUCGAGCAACGUGUGGAGUAUACAGACACACAGCUCGAUAGAUGUUCAAGACCAAGUUUUACAGAAAAGAUGCAUUUUUCGGGUUUUCAGAGUUUAAAAUCAUUCAACUUCCUUGAAGAUUGUUUUAAAAGGGAAGAUGAACGAUUGAAAACUUUUAAUUCCUGGCCCUUAACAAAUCCGAAACCUAAAGAGAUGGCUAUGAUUGGAUUUUAUUAUACUGGAGAAGCAGAUAGAGUAAUAUGCUAUUUUUGUGGAGUAGACAUUUGCUGUUGGAAAGAAACGGACUCCCCAAUUGCCGAACAUGUACGAUUGUCUAGCAACUGUGUUCUGCUAAGGAGAAAUUCAACCAACAAUAUAGCAAUAAAUCCUAAGGAAUUAAAUAAAAUUCUACCUGAAAAGAACGUUGAUACAUGUGGAGCACAUCAUAUUACUAUUACCGAACAAUGUCAUACAAACGAAAUAACAAAUUCCACAGCUGCAUUAAUAUUGAAGAGUUUAACAAUGGAUAAAGUUUUAAUUACCAUGGACGCAUCAAAUAUGUACUCAAUUGAUCUGAUCGCUGAAAUCGAAAAUUUAUUGCAAAGUGGAGAUGGUACCAUUAGGACUAAAAACCGCAUAACUUCGGAAGUUUUGGAUGAUUUGGUUCGUCCAAUAGCGGCGGUGAAAGUAACCGAGUCGGAAACGGAAUCCGUAACUGUGGGUUCCAGAAUGUCCCCUAUCACAGAAGAUCAAGUAUCCAAACCCGUAACUGCGGGUUCCAAUCGUGUCCACCCAUUAGAAUCCGUAACUGCGGGUUCUUCGUCGUCUUACUUAUCCAGACAAGAUCCCAUAACUGUGGGUGAUUCGGACUUCCUUAAUCGUGCGUCAAUAUCGGAGUCCGUAUCUGCGGGCUCCUCGCAUUUAAAUAUAAAUUGUUGUCGCGUUUGCAAUCGCCGGCACUCGAUUGAUGAACGAUUGAAAACUUUUAAUUCCUGGCCCUUAACAAAUCCGAAACCUAAAGAGAUGGCUAUGAUUGGAUUUUAUUAUACUGGAGAAGCAGAUAGAGUAAUAUGCUAUUUUUGUGGUGUAGACAUUUGCUGUUGGAAAGAAACGGACUCCCCAAUUGCCGAACAUGUACGAUGGUCUAACAACUGUGUUCUGCUGAGGAGAAAUUCAACCAACAAUAAAGCAAUAAAUCCUAAGGAAUUAAAUAAAAUUCUGCCCGAAAAGAACGUUGAUACAUGUGUAGCACAUCAUAUUACUAUUACCGAACACCUCUUGAUGGAGCCUUUUCGCCUCUUGUUAAUGCUGCCGGCUGCCCAACAUGCCGGGGCCGCUUUGGCUGGUGUGGCUUGUCGUUGCUUUUUUCCAACAACAGAAAAAGUAACGACAAGCCACACCAGCUAA